AUGGGUACUGAUCAACGUGGCUCGCAGAGGUUCGCACCCCCGUCUACGAGUCCCACGGAGCAGUCAGCGAACUACACUGGGUUUUCGAACGACACUAUCAAUGAUACGGAUAUCGUUGAGGGGAAGGUCUUCAACCGCUUCAUCCAGAUCUGGCUCGAAAACACGGAUUUUGACGACGCGAGGACGACGCCAGCAUGGGAGAACCUGACCUCGCGCGGCUUGCUUCUCAGCGCCUUCCACGGUGUUACUCAUCCGUCGGAGCCCAAUUACAUAGCGUCUAUCGGUGGCGACUUCUGGGGCCUGCAGGACGAUGAUUACUACCACAUUCCCGAGAACAUCUCCACUGUCGUGGACCUCUUGGAGGAUGCUGGAGUCACGUGGGCGACGUAUCAGGAGAACAUGCCUGAGGACCAUUUCUAUGGGGAAUAUUACACCUCGAAGAACUACCUAAAUUCGUCUGCAGAAGACUACACCUUCUACAUGCGCAAGCACAACCCACUCGGCAUCUACGACUCCGUAUCGCAGAACGAGGCGAGGCAGGGCCGGAUACGCAAUUUCAACGACUUCGCGAACGACAUCGUGAAUGGGAGCCUUUCUCAAUGGAUAUUUGUCACGCCGAACAUGGUCAACGACGCUCACGACACGACUACCGAUUUCGCUGCCGAUUUUAUCGAGUACUGGCUCUUCCCGUUGCUUGAGGAUGAGCGCUUCAACGACGACAAGACGAUCGUCGUCCUCAGCUUUGACGAGAACGAGACGUGGGAUGUGCAGAAUCACAUCUACACGCUCGUGCUGGGUAAUGGGCUUCCAGAUGAUGUGGUCGGCACGACCGACGACACAUUUUACACACACUUCUCACUGUUGAGUACGGUGGAAGCCAACUGGGGCCUGAAGAACCUGGGAAGGAACGACGUGAAUGAAACGAUGGCCAACGUCUUUGAGUUUGUCGCUCGCGAAACUGGCUAUGAGAACACGGACGUUCCAGAAGAGGCGCGUCCGCUUCUCAACAUAUCCGGCUUCGCGGGACCUCUGAACGCCGAGUCAUACAUCCCAUUCUAUGCGCCUGAUGAUCUUACUGUCAUUGGUCCUGGUGGACAAGCGGUAUACGUAUCGGACAGUCUCGAUACUAGCGUGACGUACGACACGCUCGGGGAUGCAGUCAACCUGACGGAAAGUGGCACGCAGAACCCUUGGAUCGUCACCGAGUAG